UAGAGCUUUGCGUGCACCCACAGCAUUACGUCCAAUUCAGCCUGUGUAAGUGAUGCUGCGCCAAGGCUCACCCGCAUCCUACUCCGUUGGGGAACGCAAGCACUAACUAUAGUUCAUGUUCAUAUAUAUGUGUGCUAAUAAUAUUUAUUUAUUUUUUAUUUUUUGCAAACAACGAUUUUGGUUGCACACACACUUGCAUACUGAUGACAAACUACAUAACACAUUUGAAAAGCCUUUCUGAAAACAGUUGAAAUCUAGUGCUUAUGAACAUUUUUUAAAAAAGCUCAAGUUCGGUGUGAUGUGGUUCCCUAUCCACUUUUUUUCUCAGAGAUGAGUUGAUUUAUUACUUGAAAUCAAGAGGCUCAUCUUGAUCAAUCGACUUGGACCACCGGUGUUUGCUGCUUAUGGAAUUGAACCAGAGUGAACCCACUGUCUGAAGAGGAUUUACGUCGUAUCUUCAAAAGUAAAUCACCCUUCGUAAUUUUUGCCUUCUGCGUUUGGACCACAGACAUUUUAGGACAUGGAUAAUUUUCUACGCGUGGAUACCAUUUGAUUCGUUAAUUACUUGAAUUUCUUUUUCCGAAGAGGAUUUUCUUCUCCGCUCCACUUCAGUCUAAUUCAUGGCACCUCAUCUCUUAAAGCACUGAUGUGUCUACGUGACAGGAAUUUCGAGUGAUUUUUAUAUCCUGCAUCAAGGAAUUCAAGAAUUUGCAGCCCGUACACAAGAAGCUCAUCCACCCUGAUUAUGGACUUGGCAAGUGAGGCCCAUGCUCUGCUGCUGUUGCUGAGCUGCCUGGUCUCGCUUUGCUGGGCCCAGGAGAAGGAGUACACCGUGAAGGAGGAGCAGCCGGAGAACGUGCGCAUCGGGAACCUUCGCAAGGACCUGGACCUGGCGCUCGACCCCAACAUCAAGCUCUCGUCGCCGCUGCAGUUCAAGCCCGUGUACAAGACGGGCGACGUGCAGCUGGUGCGGGUGGAGGCCAACACCGGGGAGAUUUUCACCACGGCCAACCGCAUCGACCGCGAGAAGCUCUGCUCGGGCAUCUUCGGCGAGAAGCAGUGCUUCUACGAGAUCGAGGUGGCCGUGCUGCCCGACGAGAUCUUCCGGCUGGUCAAGAUCCGCUUUCUAAUCGAGGACAUCAAUGAUAACGCGCCCCUUUUCCAGUCCACGGUCAUAAACAUUUCCAUCCCGGAGAACACAGCGAUCAACAACCGCUACGCUGUGCCCUCUGCCUAUGACCCAGAUGUGGGGAUCAAUGGCAUCCAGCACUAUGAACUUGUCAAGAGUGUCAGUGAGUUUGGCCUGGACAUCAUCGAGACCCCAGAGGGAGACAAGUGGCCUCAGCUCAUCGUGCAGCAGAGCCUGGACCGGGAGGUCAAGGACACCUUUGUGAUGAAGAUCAAAGUGGAGGACGGGGGCACCCCACCAAAGUCCAGCACCGCCAUCCUGCAGGUCACCGUGUCGGACGUCAACGACAAUCGGCCCGUCUUCAAAGACAGCGAGGUGGAGGUCAGCGUGCCGGAGAACGCGCCCAGCGGCACAUCCGUCACCCAGCUCCACGCCACCGACGCGGACCUCGGCGCCAACGCGCAGAUCCACUUCUCCUUCAGCAACCAGAUCUCGCCCGCGACCCGCCGACACUUUGCUAUCGACAGCAACACCGGAUUGAUUACCGUCAAGCAACCUCUGGACCGAGAGGUCACCCCAGUUCACAAGCUGAUUGUGCUGGCGAGCGACGGCAGUGCCACUCCCUCAAGAGCUACAGUCACUGUGAAUGUCACUGACGUUAAUGACAACGUCCCGUCUAUAGACACCAGGUAUAUAAUAAACCUUGUGAACGGAACUGUUCUCUUGUCCGAAAAUGCUCCAUUAAACACAAAGAUAGCUCUGAUUACGGUGACCGACAAAGAUGCUGAUCUGAAUGGGAAAGUGACGUGUUACACAGACCCAGAUGUACCUUUCAGGUUAAAGCCUGUUUUUAACAACCAAUUUCUGCUCGAGACCGCUGCCCCCCUUGAUUAUGAAACCACCAGAGAAUACGCAAUUAAGAUAGUCGCCUCCGAUUCAGGAAACCCUCAUCUGAAUACGUCAGCAAUGGUGCUCAUAAAAAUCAAAGAUGAGAACGAUAAUGCCCCCAUCUUCCCUCAGCCUGAAAUUCAGCUCUCCAUCCCCGAGAACAACGACCCUUCCACCCAGUUGAUAAAAGUCAGCGCUACUGAUGCAGAUAGCGGGCAGAAUGCUGAGAUCAUUUACACGCUUGGGCCUGACGCCCCUGAUGGAUUUAGCAUAGAUCGGCGCUCCGGAAUUCUCUCGGUGAACAAAAGGCUCGACAGGGAGAAGCACGAGAAGUACACAUUCACAGUCAUCGCGCGGGACAAUGGAUCCACCUCCCUGCAGAGCAACGUCACUGUGAGACUGAUCGUCCAAGAUUUAAAUGACAACAGCCCGGCCUUCACUCACCCCGAGUACAACUUCUACGUGCCUGAAAACCUCCCGCUGUACGGCACGGUGGGAUUGAUCACGGUCACUGAUGCGGACGCGGGGGACAAUGCCGUGGUCAACCUCUCCAUCCUCAACGCUAAGGACAAUUUCAUUAUCGAUCCCAAAACCGGCGUCAUUAAGCCCAACAUCACGUUUGACCGGGAGCAGCAGAGCUCGUACACGUUCAUGGUGAAAGCGGUGGACAUGGGUCAGAAGCCGACCACCUCGUACGCCAAGGUCACCAUCAAUGUCGUCGACGUGAACGACAACCGGCCCGUGUUUGUCAUCCCUUCCUCCAACUACUCCUACGACCUGGUCCCCUCGAGCACCAGUCCUGGAUCCGUGGUGACCAGAGUGUUUGCCAUCGACAACGACACGGGCAUGAACGCCGAGCUGCAGUACCACAUCAUCGGGGGCUCGCAGAAAGUUUUUUCCAUCGACAGAACCACUGGGAAUAUUACACUGCAGGAGAAGAUUACUGCAGGCGACCUGGGCUUACACAGACUAGUGGUGCAAGUCAGAGAUCUUGGCCAGCCGGAAUCGCUGCACGCCAUUGCCUUAGUUCAUCUGUUUGUGAACGAGACUGUGUCCAACGCCACCUACAUCCAGGAGCAGCUACGCAAAAGCAUGGAGACCCCGCUGGAUCGCACCGUGGGCGAGAGCGAGGUGACGCAACAGGCCUACGGCUACGUCAUCGUCGUGAUCGGCAUCAUCGCCGGCACGAUGACGGUCAUCUUGGUCAUCUUCGUCACGGCUCUGGUGCGCUGUCGGCAGACGCCGCGGCACAAGGUGGUGCAGAAGGGCAAGCAGAGCGGCGAGUGGGUGUCGCCCAACCAGGAGAACCGACAGAUCAAAAAGAAGAAGAAGAAAAAGAAGAGGUCUCCCAAGAGCCUGCUGCUCAACUUCGUCACUAUCGAAGAGUCCAAGCCCGACGACCCGACCCACGAGCACAUCAACGGCAAGCUCGACCUGCCCGUUGAGCUGGAGGAGCAGACCAUGGGCAAGUACAACUGGGCCACCACGCCCACCACCUUCAAGCCCGACAGUCCCGAUUUAGCCAAGCACUACAAAUCGGCCUCCCCCCAGCCCACGUUCCAGAUCAAACCGGAGACCCCUGUUGCACCCAAGAAGCACCACGUCAUUCAAGAGCUCCCUCUGGACAAUACGUUUGUGGUGGGCUGUGACUCACUCUCCAAGUGCUCCUCUACCAGCUCUGAUCCCUACAGUGUCUCAGAGUGCAGCUGUCAAGGGAGUUUCAAGACUCCUGGGCAAAUCCACACCCGACAGAAUCAAAGUUCAACUCCAGACAAGACAUUCACUGCUGUGCCCCAGGCUUGCCCUCAUAAAACGCAACGGCGAGUGACAUUUCACCUUCCGGACGGCUCUCAGGAGAGCUGCAGCGACAGCGGCCUCGGGGACCACGAUCCGGCCAGCUCGGCCAGCACCACACAGCCCCUGCCCCUGGGCUUCCCACAGGAGGAGUACUACGAGCAGACCUCGCCCAACAGCCGCACCGAGGGAGACGGCAACUCCGACCCCGAGUCCACCAUUGAAGUGAACCUGCAGAAGGCCCUGGCAGAGGCGUCCGAGACGUGCACCCAAGAGUGCCUGAUCCUCGGCCACUCGGACAGCUGCUGGAUGCCCCCGGCCCUGACCCAGUUCCAGACGUCCACCAGCACCACGCUGCCCUCCUUUGGUUUCCAGCAGACCUGGGCCCAGGGCGCCAUGCCCGACGGCCGCCACACCCUCUGCAGGUCAGUGCCCAAAGACGAUCUGGACAAAGGGAGCAACCGGCCGCAGUUCUACAACACGCUGGAGAGACACUCGAGCAAGAAGGAGGACCCGGUGAAGGUCAUUCCUUUAGCCAGCUUCUCGUCGUCGCCGUCGGGGCAGCAGACUCCGGCCAACAUGGGAUCGUCGGGCUUCUUACACGAGCAUCAGCUGUAGGAGCACAGCAGGGGUCCACUCAACACACAACUACGGCUGAAAGAUUACGAACCCCGUUAUCAAUUGCAGUCAAAUCAACACGAGUAAAAGAGAGACAAAAAAUCGGUUUUCAAAAUGGUAAUCACUCAUUAAAGGAUAUUCCAACAAUUGUGAAUACAACUGUGAAUACAUUAAUCAUGAUAAAAGAAAUAUGAUGUCAUAAAACAAGAAACGAUAGAAAUGUUAGAAAAAAAUAUUUUAAAUUAAGACAGUGUACAGAAAGUAAAUGUUAGUUCUAAACCAAAGUAGCAGCUUAAAAAAUAAAAAAGAACAAAAAAACUGCAAUGGAAUGAGUAUGUGUUUGGUAGCUAGUGGCACGUACCGUACAUUAAACAAAGCUUCAGAGAUUUGCUGGUGAUUAACAAGGAUGUAUAAUAUGUUUGUUUGAGUUUUUGAUAUGCAGCCUAGGUAUCCAACGAGUAGAGUGAAGAUGUUUGCGGUCAGUUCGGCUAAUGUCAGUGUGAGUCUUGUAUGACUGCUGGAUGUGUUAGGGUGUGCUAGAGUAACAUUUGCAAUGCGUUUUCUGGAACCAUCCACUUCCCCUGGGAAUCCCAGACAAUGUAACUUCAACCCUCUCCUGAAUGUGCUGCUGAUAGUGUGUCCCUAUCAAAGACUGUGCGGACAUGUGAUUAAGCCUCAAUGCAAAAAUUGGUCUCGCUUUGAUUAAGACUUUAAAAAAAAAAAGAAAAAAACGUUUGCCUCAGUUUACCUUCUGCUUCUUCAACAUUGUCUUGUUUUUGCCACAGAGAGCCUAGGUAUCUGUUCUCUGGUGUUCACACAUUUGAUGAGCCUUUUCUACGGUUAUUAAGAACCUACUCAUUUUCAAAAUGAUCUCAUUACCACAGCCUUGGAAGCCACAGACAGAUGUGCUAAAGAGACAUCCUUUGUUUUUCUUCUCUUUCUGCAUCAACUUUCCCCUCUAAAAUAUACAAUUUAUGCACCAUAGUGCAAUGGAACCAAUUACGAGUGUUUCCCUAUAGUAUAAUUACUUUGAUCUGUAAUCACCAUAGCAGUCAUAGUUAUGGAAGACUGCACUGUUAUACUUUAAUUGGCUUAGGUUUUUUUUUUUUUUACCUAUGUAACAGUCCUCUGUUAAACCACCGAGGCCUCGGCUAUACCUAUGAAUAAAGCCGAAAAACUGACAUUUUAUUUCAAAAGCAUUUCUUCAAGCACCAUAUGGGCAUUGACACUAAAAUUACCACGCCUAUGCUCUGUGUUGAUGUACUAUUUGUCCUUAGACGUCAUUAGAUGAAAUAGAAUCAAAUACAGCCUUACUAGAUAAGCAUGCCACCAUGCUCCAGAAGCCACCACUCCUUAAAAUCACUGCUGGUGUAAUGAUUUUGUGUGAGGUGUAAUAUCUUUAGAUCGGAAUGUGAGACAUUAUGGGCAUUCACUUAAAGUUAAAAAAAAAAAAAAGUUUCGAAGAUUUAAGUAAAACCAAACAAUCAGCUAUUUUGCUCAUUUGCAAUGCUUAUGGGUUACCUGCUGAAAGCUGGCAAGGCAUGAUUAAAAAAAAAAAAGCAAAUGACAUUUACAGAGAUGAUGAUUCAUAAUAAAUAAGCCUAGAAAAAUAGUUCAAAUGUAUUCAUAAAUUCACAAACAAAAAGAAUGAUGAAAAAAAGAACAUUCACAAUUUUUUCGAGGAAUGUUUUGGCUCGUAUCCACAUUCCUGGCAGUGUGGUUGAUCCUGCACUCAUGGUACACUGGCAGAAUAACAAAGCUGACAUUUUCCGAGGGCAUUUACCUCUUAAUUUAGUGGCUACUCUGCCUUGUGUACAUUAAUGACACCCAAGCCCAUGGGUCAGUGAGCCAAAAAAUUACUUUGCACUGAAUCAGCUGAGGGCGGCACAGACUAAUAUGUGCCACAAGAAUGCUAUGACGACCAUGACCAGUCUGUCAUUUUGUUGACCUAAAUGAGGGCUUGGUUACAUUGGUGGGCAGUCCCUGAACAAACUUAAUAACUGUCUAAUACGUUUAAUCGAGGAGAAUAAUUACAGGACAGGGAGAGCAUCUUGUAAAUUGAUGUUGGUGUGUGGUGUAGCUUUUGGCUUCCGUCUCAUGGCAGAAGAGCAUGCCCACCGUAGUAAGAAAAGGUCGAAGGCAACAGAUUUUAAUCAAUAAACUCAAUCGUUAAACAUUGAGACACAGUUCUUUUUUUUUUCUUUUUAUUUGAUAACUACUUGUAUAAUUGCUAAGUCUUGGAGCAUUCAAGAGCAACAUGUAGGAUCUGGUGACGGCAGUCUGAGAAACCCUUUAAAGCGUGCAUAAAGUCUAAUUUCACUCCUACGUUUCCAUUCUAAAAACUUGCAUGUGAGUCUGAAUGUGAAUUUUGAGUUUCAUCUCCUUUCAAAAGUCCACUACUAAUUCUCACACCUUACUAAAUCCUAUAAACUAUCAAUUUUUGUAUCCGAUUAAGAAGAAAACCCACACGUAAGGAUCCUAUAUGAAUACAUGUCACAAUUGAAUAGGUGUCACUAUUACAUGGCAGAUGUACUUUGUGCCAAAGGUUUCCCAAGUGGAUCAAAACAGAGUGGGAGCAGCGGAAGGCGACACAUCUGUGGUAAUAUAAUGCCUUUACGAUUCGCAUGCCUGUUUCUCCUACUUCUUUUAUACUUUUCUAAAAAAAAAAAAUAUUUGCAAAAUGAAUAAAAAUGUCUAACAAAAAAAAAACAUAGAUUGAGGUGGAGACGUAUCAAAUACUGUCCUCAAUUCUAUUUCAAGAAACAGUGUAAAUGUUGAUCAUCUGUAUUUAUUUUACUAACUGCUGAACAGAGAAAGUAUUUUUUCAAAUUUAUUUGCGGUUCCAUUCCACUUGAACAUAUGGCAUUGACUAAGCUAGCUGUUCUCAACCCCAGCAGCGGUAUCCCAUCCCCAUCUGCAUGUAGUAAUAAUUCACCUCCCCAUAGAUGACUGUGAUGAUUACUGCUCAGUAAGUGUAGUAAAGCCUGCAGGUGGUGUCUGCUGUCAGACGCCCAUCAUCCCCGUCAGACUGAGAGCCGGUCUGGUCACGAUCCUCAGCUCAGACGCUGCUCCCACUUAGGAAUACGUGGGGGGAAUGCCUUAGUUCAGUCAUAGGAGGCAAACACAGAGAUAUUACAUAAGACCUUUUCAAAAAAUUGGAGUUUAAAAAAGAAACAGUUCAACACAAUACAUGGAUGUGUACAUAUAUCUACUUGCAGUAGCAGUAUCCCGAUAAAAUUGCUGACAAACAAAUGGAUGUACGUAUAGCAGCGGCAAGACUGGUUUCUAUUUGAGUUGUCCUAUUGACAGUAAUGGAGUAAAGCAUUUCUGAGAAGACAAUCUCUGUUAUACUGUAUAUGAACACAUAUGCAUAUGUAGAUGUGUGUGUGGGUGUGUUUGUGUGUGUGUGCAUGUAUCUAUACUGGUUUAGACAUUGCCAGAAUAUUGUAAGUACACACCGAUAACUUGUAUAAAACUCAACAAUAUUGCAUAGUUGCUAUAAUACAACUGCUUGUAAGUAAAUAAUUUGUUGUAAUUCACUAUUGCUUUCAAAUAGCUUUCAUAUGUGCCAGAUAUAUACAAUUGAUUAAUUAAAGGUAUAUAAUGCCAUGCCCCUGUAAAAUAUGUCAUCAAAAUCUAAGAAAAGAAACAUUUACAUUUGUUGUAAUGAUUUUU